AAUGCAAACAUUGUAACUAUGUUAAACGUUUAUAACUGUAUUCUGUUGAACCGCUGACUAGUUACCGUUUGUUGCGUCGUCUUAGUCAAACAUGUAGUUUUAACUUCGCUGUCCGAAAAUGUAUGCACCCCUGUGUGUUUUGUUUUGUUUUGUUUUUGUGUUGUGGCUCCAGGUCUAUUAUGAAUGUACAGUUGUUAUAUAUUUGUUCCAUGACUGUGAGCAGGCAGACAGCAGCAGUGACCAUGACAGUGACAGACUGAAAGCUGCUCAGUUCAUCAGGGAGGCCGAGAUAAACAGGAGGCAGAUUGAAAAGUUAGAGAAAGAGAUUGCACUGAGUAUCCAGUGCAGAAAGAAUGACUGGACAUUUUAUUCUGCAGAACUGGAAGGGUAUGGGAAAGGGCUGGAGGAAGAGAGAAAUGCAGACAGAAUUAAUUUUCAAAAGCAACUGGUGAAGAUGCAUAAUGGUGUGAGGAAAUUUCAGAGACAGCUGGUGGAUGUGAAGCCAACCCCUCAGUUGAUUGAACGACUUAAAGAAAUAAUGUCAGAGGUGGAAAUCUCCAUUAACACCCUUAAAGAGGAACAGCGCUCAUGCUAUGAGGCACUUCUUAGGGAGGAGAGGACAUGUAGACAAGAGGUCACUGCUUAUGAAAGGAGGAUUGAAAACUGGAUCCUUGCUCUCAAAUCAGACCCCACACCACCAACAUCUCACUCUGAUAAGACCAAACCCCCAGACAAUGACCUGCCUGCAGAGGUCAGAGCACUGGAAGCUUUCCUGCAGAAGACAGGAGGCCCUUAUGGUGGCUGGGACCAAUAUGACCACCAAGCCUUCCUGAAAGUCUGGACAAAGUACAGUGGGCAACCAGCCUACAGGAAAGAGGCCAGUCUUUACCUGCUUGAUAAAACUUUGGAGGACAUAGAGCAACACGAGGACUGGCAUCAGCAGCUGAUCUGUCUGCAGGACAGAAAGAGAGAGGCUAUUCAGCGGUGGAAAGCCAGCAAAAAUCAGGAACGUCAGAGCAGAAUACAGAGUCAGGAAGAGGCAGAAAGGAGGGAGAAGGAGGCCAAGACUCAGGUCCAGCAACACAGGACUGAAGAGGAGAGGAGAGAGACGGUACAGCAACUGGAGCAGUGGAGAGAAGAGAGGAGAAGGAAAGCAGAACAGGAAGAGGAACAGAGAACGUUGGAGGAGAUACAAAAGAGGAGACAGGAAAAGGAAGAACGACACCGCCAGCUGGAGGUGAAGCUGAUCAUUGAGGAGGAGCUACAUAAGAAGAGAGAGGAGGAUGAGGAACAGGAGAGGUGGAGGAGAGAGGAGGAACUGAGGGAGAUGAAUGAGAGGAGGAGAGAGGCAACAAAGGGGAUCAAACGCUUUAAUGAAAGGGAUCUUCACAGGGUGGAGGCAAAGCUUCAAGAGAAACAGCUGAGGGAAAAAGAGGAAGAGGAAAGACAGAAGAGAAUUGCUGUUAAGUUGAAGGAAAAGGUGGAUGGUCACGUCAGCAGAGAUCCCUCCAGACUUACCCGUCCCACUAAGGGAUGGGAGGAGCGAAUGAAGCACGUUGGACCUUCAGGAGGGGGACCUCUACUACAGAUGUUUCACAGAGCUGUUCCUUCUUGGAGACAAGGCCUGUGAUGAGCAGUUAUUGGAAGCCACUCAAGCUGCCGUGAAAUACAUUUCACUAUGUCAUAAUUUAUUAUUCAUUAUAGAUGUUGCCAUCAUUUCUGCUGCUGUUUGUUUUUUGGCAGCCUAUACUUUUACAAAACUGUUACAAUAAAAGAAAAGUGGUUUUGUUGUAAAUUCCCUCAAA